AUGCUACCUGCCCAGAGUUUGGCUCCAAAAGACCCUGCAGCCGCCAGCCAAACACCGAAAUCUCCCCUGGUGGCAGGGAGCAGCAUUUUAAGUAGUCGAAUGAGCCCGAGUUUAUUGAAGGAUAGUGCUCUGAUCAAUGCGGUUCGUAAUAACGAUGAGGCCCAAGUUCGAGAGCUAGAGCGAACGGAAUCAGGCUUGAAGAAUGCACAGGAUGAAACUGCUCUUAUGGUUGCCGCAGCGAAUAAUCGCCCCAUAUUUUGCAAGAUACUUGUCUCCGCAGAAAAAUCCAUCUCAAAUUACAGAGGCCAGGACGCAUAUAUGAUUGCUGCACAGCAUGGAAGCGUGGAUGCUCUCAACGCUCUUAGGCAGCACUUCGUUUUGCGAACAGACAUAUAUAACAUGAAUGCGCUAGACUAUGCGGUAAUUUCUAAAAGCAGCGCUGCUGUGAACCUCAUACUAUCUUCGCAGAUUAUCCGGCAGAGCGAUAUUAGCCAUGCAAUCCUCUUGGCCAACAGACGCGGGCUUACGACUCUUGAGAAUGUGCUCAAGAGCAAGAUUCCCGCUACCAAGGACUUCCCCUGCAAGCGAUGUGAGCAGUAUCUUAACUUGUUUGCAUGUAAAAUGACUGUUACAGAUCAAGGAGUUCAGGCCCAAACGACGUCUACUAAUAGUAAUGGUUACGAUCCUUCUACUAACUCAGUGGAACCUUUUAAACUUUCUGAGAUAGUAGCUAAAAAGGACGCAGAAAUAAAGAUCUUGAAGUCUUUGUAUUAUCGUCCUAGUGUAACUCAGAAAUUCGAUGAAGUUAUCAUGGAGAAAAAUGCAGAGAUAGAUCGUCUCAAGCGAAAGCUAGAGGAGGUGACGUCCCACCAGCUCAUGGACUCCUACUUUAGUGAAGAAGUAGAGAGAUAUAAACGAGAAUGCUGUGCGCUGCACACCCAAAACGACGAGCUAAAGAAGAAGCUCGACAUUAACAGCAAAGAUUUUCGAUCGUCGAGGAUACAGGAAGCUGCAGCAGCAACACAGAGCGGUCACGUGUCUCCAGAGUAUGCAUUGCUCCAGGGUUCUGGAAGGCAUACACCCACUGCAGACAUUUGUUCACUGGAUGUUCACCGUAGCUCUGUUGGGUCUGGCAGCGCUACCAAGCAGCAGCUGCGCGAAUCCAUACCCUCUCAACCUGCGGUCGUGACUGGUAUGGCAACAAAUGUCCCUACCGUCUCCAGAUCGGUCCAGGUGGAUGUUCAGUGGGUGCAGAACUAUGAGCUAGAAAUUUCUGCACUAAAGGCGCGGCUAAACACGGCUGAAGAGGCCAUUAAGCGCUAUCGAGCAAAUUAUGACUCGCUCUAUAAACUUAGUGCCGCCAGACAGAAUGCGGCCAGGGUUUUAAAGACCGAAAACGAGGCUCUGCAACGUAAGAUCACUCAGUUAAAGGACACCAUCUUGCACAUCACUACUGUGAGCAAUCGUCAGAGUAUUGAUCUUAGCAAUUUAAGUUAUAAAGCAGAGGAAGACGGUUUCAACCAGGAUAGUAUUCGGCUGACGGACCGUAGCAUUACAUCUCCACAGGUCCCGCGGUGUCUUUCGCCCACGCUAGCGUAUUCCGGCAUGCAUCCAUUGGACAACUCCAUGGACGAUCCUGUCCUAGAAUCGCGACUAUCUGGUAUGGCUAAUAGCACCAUUCUGACUGGCUCUAUGAUUGAAACUGGAGGCAGGAGCACUGCACGCUUAUCGCAGACUUUAUACAAUCUCCCCAACACGCAAUCGAUACAGGCCAUAGCAGGGGCGUCCAUUAAAAGCCUGGCGGGACAGUCGUCUGGGAUUGACCAUCUGCGAACCAGCAUUACUGGAUUGGGCUCCCUCAGUAAGAACAAUACUCCAGUUCGGGAUAUGUCUUCUCGUACUAGUAGAUCCAUUACGCCAUAUGAUAGCAGGAGAUCUGUUCAUAUACUGCAGCCGGUAGCCACUAGAUCAACUAGCUCUAUUGAUGCCCUGCAGCAGUUGGUUGCUGACCAGAGAGUAGGAAAUGCAACAAUAUCACAGAUAGCUACCAGGAACGCUAACGGCACUUCAGUAUCAACUCCCCGCAUGAGCACAGAUAAGUGGUCUGGUGCUAUUUUAAGUCAGGACCUGGAGCGCAGAACACUUCCUACCUCGCCGCCCCGCUCACUUCAAUAUGCAAACGCUCCUGUGAUCCCACCAAACAUUGACGAGCUCACACCACUCAUGAUAGCUGUCGUGGAGUGUAAUUUUAGCAAGUUUAACGAGUCGAUAUCAUAUGCAAAACAACGAACAUCCGCUGGGAAGACUGCACUCAUGUAUGCUGUUGAAUACAAUAGACACACAUUUGUGCAAGAUUUGAUACCCUUUGAGGCAGGGCUGAAGGAUGUUAAUGGUCACACAGCUUUAUACCACGCAAUAAUGAUGGGACGGUACAGGAUUGCAGAGCUCUUACGGGACUCCGAAGGCGUUCAAGUUCCCCAUCGCAGUAGAAUUGGCAACCGCCGCACAGAGCUUAUGCAGGCCGUCAUAGAUAACGAUAUCAUUUCAGUGUGGUGCCUCGCCUCGAUGCAGGCAUCACUUCAAGACGAGAAUGGCACCACAGCCUUGAUGCUCGCUGUGAAAUUCAUGAACAUACCAGCUAUAGAGAUCCUUUAUCCCAUGGAAUAUAAGCUAAUAGAUAAAGAAAACCGCACCGCACGUGACUACAUAAUGCUCAUAUCACCCACCGCUACUGAUGCACAGCGAGAAGCCGUCCAGGCCACCCUCAAUCGUAAUAAAUUAUAG